GCAAGUGGUUGUAAACACAUCCAGCUGAUUUUGGCAAAAGAUUUUCGUAAAGAAAAAACGAAGAGGAUUGUUUGCAUCUAAGGACAAAUAUGACAAAACCGUUAGCUGUACUGAAGAGUGUGGGGCCAAAACUUGUACCAUUCUUCAAGACGGUCGCCAUAUUUUUUGUCCUGUUUGGCCGCGAAGGUAGCAACUCGCUGUUCUUCUGCAUCGUGAAAUGUCUGCCGGUGAUCUCCCUCAUCCUGUUCGUGUUGCUCCAUGGGAUGAACCUCUCCGAGUACUACCGCUACUCGCGCCGCAUCCUCAUCGGCCUCAUCUUCUCGUGCUUCGGGGACAUCUUCCUCGUGUGGAAGGAGACGUCGAUGAACUUCGAGAUCGGCCUGCUCAUGUUCGCCAUAGCGCAGGUGGAGUAUGCCCGAGCAUUUGGCUGGAAGCCUCUGAACCUGUACGCCGGCGGCACGUUCCUUCUCAUCGGCUCCCUCGUCUUCUACCAGCUGCAGACGGCCAUCGACGGGAUUAUGGUGUACCUGCUGGCUCUGUACAUCACGCUGAUCUGCACGAUGGCGUGGCGCGCCGUGGCCAGGGUCCAGUUCUUCGACGACCUCUGGACGUGGACGAAGCUCUGCAGUUGUGCCGGCGCCAUCUGCUUCAUGCUGUCCGAUCUGACCAUCGCGGUGGACAAGUACCUGUUUAGCGUGCCGUUCGGACACUCCAUCAUCAUGCUGACCUACUACGCGGCCCAGCUCGGAAUAUCCCUGUCCGUGGUCGACAGUCCCAUAGAGGAGCUCUUGAAAGUCGAUUGAUUAACACUUUCCCACCUUGUAGGUGGUGUCAGUGUGACGUCAUGUGGAAAACAGAACAAGUGGAUUUGUUAACAUUUUUGUCACACUGUACAUGUAGGUGCUGUGGGUGUGACCAUGUUCAAACCAAAGUGGAUUGAUUACACAUGUAGGUGGUGUGAGUGUGAAAUCAUGUCAAACUGGAAGUGGAUUGAUUAGUAUUUUCACACUGUAGGUGGCGUGAGUGUGACAUAUUGGAACAGGAAGUCAGUUGAUUAACAUUUUCACACUAAGUUGUGUGAGUGUGAAAUCAUGGAUUCAUGAACAUUUGUACAUGGCUGCUGGUGUGAUGUCAUUGCAUCAUGUCAGUCACAAAGUGGAUUACAUAUUCAUUACGUAAUUAACCAUGUUACAUUUGUAGGUUAUAUAACAUCAAGUAUUAUGUCAGGAUGUGGAUUAAUUAACAUUUUAACAAUGUAGGUUGUAUAACAUCAAUGCAUUAUGUCAGGAUGUGGAUUAAUUAACAUUUUAACAAUGUAGGUUGUAUAACAUCAAUGCAUUAUGUCAGGAUGUGGAUUAAUUAACAUUUUAACAAUGUAGGUUGUAUAACAUCAAUGCAUUAUGUCAGAAUGUGGAUUAAUUAACAUUUUAACAAUGUAGGUUGUAUAACAUCAAUGCAUUAUGUCAGGAUGUGGAUUAAUUAACAUUUUAACAAUGUAGGUUGUAUAACAUCAAUGCAUUAUGUCAGAAUGUAUUUGGAAUCAGUAUUAUACUAUUGCAUCUGUUUGCAAGCCUGUGAGAAAUGAAGGAUUACCUGUAGCUAAUGUUACAGACUCCACCACCCCAACCCCCACUCCACCCCUAUCCCUUCACUCACCAGUUUGAGUGUGAGUUUAAUGUCCUUGGUGCAAAUAUUUUUUUGUUUUUGUUUUUGUUAAGUUGUGUAUUCCGAAAAAACAACACUGGGGCGAGUUGUGGGCCUAUGCCCCCGUUCCACGAAAUGAUCUUAGCCCUAAGAUCAACUUAAGUGCAUAGGGUAGCUAUGCACUUAAGGUAAUCUUAGGGCUAAGAUCGCUUCAUGGAACGGGGCCCAGGUUGUUAAAACAUGGUUUGUCAAAACCCACCUAAUUCUAUCUGCUCUUUUCGGCUUCAUUCUCAGUACAUUUUUCCAUCUACUUUUUUCUUGAGCUGAAAAUAUACAUACAGUUGAAUCCUGUUGGCUAGAACCCCGUCAGUGCUCGAGAAAGUGUUCAAACCCAUCGGGUAGUUCGACCUAGCCAUUCAGUCAACAACAUGACAUGUAAGUGUAAUUCGGGACUUUGUUUAUGGCUCGAGCGUUGUGUUGUAUUCGACAUUUCCGAAUUCAACCCAACAAGAUUCUACUGAAUAUGAAAUUUA